CAUCGUUGGCUGGAACUAUAAUGGCCUGAAGAUAUCCUUAUGAGACUGGCUCGCUUAGCCUGAUGAUUCUGUCCUUCAGUGCCUCUAGUAUUGCAGCAUGCCUUGAACAGACUAUUUUGACUCGGGACUCACUACACCCAAGUUCGCUCGCAAUACAAGAACAUCUCGUGGCACGCUGGACCUCAACUCACCAAGAACCAGCAUAGUUUGCAUAUCUUUGAAACGGUAGCCUCUGGCUCAGUAUCAGAGGAGAAGAACAGAGCAGGGAGGGAGGCUCAACCUCAUGAUUGUCCUUGCGUGUUCUGCUAGCUGCUGCUGCCUGGGCGACCCACUCCAAGAUUGUGGGUCUACAGAUGCUUGUUUCCUUCACUUAGCGACACUUUCUAAAAGAUUCCUUACUACCGACACAAUGCCAGCUUUAGCCUCAUCCGUCAUGGAUGCGUUUCCUGACGAUACGCUCGUCCAGGCCAUCACAGCGCACGUCUCAGCUUACAUGCAGAACUACGACGCCUCUCAUUCCUGGGACCACAUCGAGCGCGUCGUCGCCAUGGCACACCACAUCUACGCCCAUUCCGAUCCCGCCUUCCGGUCCACCCUCGACCUGCGCACCAUCCACCUCGCCGCUCUCCUCCAUGACGUUGGUGAUCGCAAAUACCUGAAGCCCGGCGAGGACCCGACCACCCAGGUCCAGACCCUACUGCUCUCCCAUUCGUGCCCGCCCGACCUCGCAGCUCGGGUGCAGACGAUCUGCUCGGCCGUGAGCUACUCGACCGAGCGGGCGGACCCGGAGCGCGUCGCGUCCCUCGUCGCGACGCACCCGGAGCUGGCCGUCGUGCAGGACGCCGACCGGCUGGACGCAAUCGGCGCGGUCGGCAUCGGGCGCAUGUUCACGUACGGCGGCGCCAGGACGGCCCGGAGCAUGGCCGGCACCAUGGAGCACCUCGACGAGAAGCUGGUCAGGCUGGAGGGCAUGAUGAAGACGAAGGUCGGCCGGGCCGUGGCCAAGGUGCGGACCGAGCGGCUCAUCGUCUUCAGGGGGUGGUGGGACGAGGAGACGGGACUCGCGGGGCGGCAGUAGCAGCUCAAGCGGCCCGAGGGAUGGAAUGGGAUGCCCUCGCGACCCAGCGCGGACGCGGAGAACAGCUCGGCUUGGUUAUCUUGACGGACAUGUGUACAUACAUACAGGAAACACUGUGUCCCCAGUCUAGUUGACGACUUUGCGUUCUUCUUGGUUUGAAAGAUA